AUGGAUGAAUUACUUCCCUCGUACGAGUCCGUCACAGAACGCGACCCUUGGAAAAACAUUCCGCAAUAUCUACCUCCGAAAGAUUUAUGUUCUGCAGCUCUCGUUUGCCGCAAAUGGCACAAGGUCUUCACAUCACACCUGUGGGGUAGUCCUGCCUCACAUUUCAGUGCUGAGAACGACACGGCCUAUACAGCACUUACAAGAUUCAAACGCACACUACUCUACGUACGAUCAGAUGUGCGCGAACUUACUCAUACCCUCCAUUUCCUCCCAGCACAUGCAGAAAUUUACGGCGGGCCGCAUGCCGAGUGGCUUCGCGACUGCCUUGAAUAUCUGCCACGAUUACAAUGUUUGAUUGUAAAUGGGCUUCCUUUCUUCGAUCACGCAUCGCUCAUGAAUCUCCAGUACUCGAGCUUGCGGUUGCAAUCAACGCAAAUCGACACAUUGCCCAUGUUCAGCCUACGCCUGCUGGAUGCAGCCGGAUGCACCAACGCCACGUCAACAAGUCUUGCGCAAGCCCUGCGUCACUUUCCAGAGCUCGUGAGUCUAGACUUGUCCAGUACAUCAGCAGCAAAACAUAGCGCGGUACUGGUCAAUUUGAAAUACCUCCGGAACUUGCGAGUCUUGAGACUCAGAGGCCUUGGACUAGGAGACGAAGAGUUCUUGAUCAUAUCGCAGUCUAUACGCACCAGAGUACAAAGUCUUGACUUAAGUCAUAAUAAUUUAACGGACGUGAGCGCUCGACUUCUCCUGGAUCAUUGCAUCAAGGACACUGUCCUCCAACCACACUUUACACGAGGGCUAGUACCACCUGUAGACGUCGAGCAACCCCACGGGGAUAUCUAUGAUGUCUUCGAGUCUCCAAAUCUCAUAAAUCAUCUUCGCAAAACGCUCACCACCGGGUUCGUGGGGAGCCUUGCUAUUGAAGAGGCGCGAGAUGUUGGCGUGACUCACCUAUACAUUACCAAGAAUGCCAUAACUGUAGAGGGAGUUUCGAAAUUACUUCGAUCUGGACGCUUAAAAGUAUUGGAUAUUGGCGAGCUACCCACAGACACGAAAUCUCCGCCAGAGCAUCGUUUGGCAGAAGAAUCAAAUCAGGUACAAUUACCUUGCAUUUCGAAAUGCACGCCUGUACUACCACGGUACGCAAAGCGAUUAAAAUAUCUAAGGGUGAACUAUCAAAUUGUCACAGAGGAUAGCUUCGCAGAAGCACACGAAGUUUCUCAUGCAGAGCCUAUUGGAGGUAUUGAGGUGGCAAAGCCAACUCCAAAAGUAAAUCUCACCUCGGAGCCUUCCUUCAAGGUUGAAGAUAGCGCUCCAAAUGCCCCAGCUCCGGUACUUACAGACUCCCAAUCCACGCCGAUAGACCCUAUACUCUCUGAUAGUGAUACCGGGACCUCGCGUACAUUACAAGAAUGCCCAGAUACACAUGGUACUUUACCGCCGACUGCAGCGCCAUUGGAAUCUGGACCAGAGGCGAUACCAAAUACGCGUGUCCAAACUGUGUCUCGUCAUAACUCCACAUACUACACAGAAGAACAAAGAGCCCGCUUAGAUUUCCGUCAAUCACAAGAAAACCGCCUGCACCCUAACAUGGUCCCUCAAGUCCACACCCUAGUACUAACCAACGUCCCCACAGCAACCACCAACCACCACAUCAUCCACAGACUCAUCCAAUUCAUCAAAGACGCAGCAGCAGAAGCCUCAAUCGCCCGCCAGCGCGCCCAACACACCUACAAGCUGCCCCCCGGCCGCAGCCGCGUGAUUGCAGAAAACGAAUACGCCCACAGUCUCUUCGCCCUGCGCCGAAUCGUCCUUGAAAUGGCGGUGGUCCCUGAACCAGCACAGGAGAAGAUUUCAUCUGGUUGGCGUGCCUACCCGACCAAGUCGUCGACCGAGGAUAAGGAUUCCGAGGCAUUUUGGGAGGCCGCCGCACAUGACUUUUCAUUCUUCGCGGAGGAGGGGGAGGGGGAAGAGGCGUGUCGGCGAGAAUAUCUGGGGGUGCAACAGAGGCUUCCCCUGGCUGCCAUGGGCGGUUUGGAAAUGGCACCUGCUGCAUCAGUCACGCCAUUGGCAGCUCAGGCUGCGAACACCGUGCCAGCGGCACUGGACGUUGUGCAAGCGAUCAGCCAAUUUCGCAAGGAUAGAAAAGCCGCGCGCAGUAGUCUGUCGAGGACAGGUCAGCCUGAUCCAGAGGUCGAGGGCUGGUGGCCCGGCGAUGUCACUGUGGUGAGGAGAUCUGCAUGCGCGGGUCGAGGUGAAUUAGAUUGCUUUGGGAGCCGUUAUGGGGAUGGGUGGUGCUGUCGUUGA